AUGACCACAAAGAACCAAACAAAGAACAAUCUUUCCUUUGAGGAUUACAUUCAAGAACAACGAGUGAACGAGUUUUCGCUUCAAGUGAUUGAUGUUCGAUCUCAACACGAUUUUGAACAAGCACCCAUCGUGUUGAAACAUUGCAUUAAUUUACCAUAUUCCACUUUGGAUACAAAUUUAAGACUGUUAGAUCAUCAUAAACCAGUGUAUGUGGUGUGUCAACAAGGUUGUGAGGAUUCAGCAUCUACACAUGCAUGUUCCAUUCUCUCAAAACAUGGAUUUCAAUGUACAUGCAUUGAAGGAGGUUUCAAUGAAAUUAACAAACGACUUUCAAGUUCUGAUUCGAAUACGAAUAUGACGAUGAAGAAGGAUCAGGAUACUUUGAUUCCAUUCGUGCUGGAAAACAGAGACUCUCAUCCAUCGUGGCCUCUUGAAAGACAAGCUCGAUUUACCUCGGGUUUUCUAACUCUUUCUGGUUUGUUAGGGUAUUCCCUGAGUAGGAACAAAUUGUUUCUAUUAGGAAGUAGCUCCUUAGCUGCUGGUGCUGUCUUUUCAGCCCUAACAGAUAGUUGUGGUUUAGCAAAAGUUCUGAAAAUGAUGCCUUGGAACAAGAACAAUUAUCGUUGGUUGUAA